GUGCAAGUGAGCCAGUUUCACUGACGACAAGGUGUGCAUCAUUUCACGAAAACGAUCUUCUUCGCUGCACUAUGCUGGCUAGUGUGUGCCGAUAAGCCGUCAGAUUAGACACGACGGUGACAGAUCGUACAGAGAUCGCGAAGAGGGUCCACGUCGGUUCCCGUACCCUACCACCCACUUUUUGAUAUGGAGCGCCAGGAGCCCGACCGAUCAACGGCCACUUCAGUGCAGGGUUCCAAGAAAUCGAAGCGGAGGCGUGCUUCUCAAAAGCCCAGCAGCAACGAGAUGCCGAAUGCCGAGGUGAGCGGUCAACACACGACGGCCUCCGAACCGGCACCACAGCCAGGACAGCCUGACCAGGACAGCACAGCGCUCAGCGCGAUUCGGGAGGGAAGUCGAGUCAAGAGGGGCCAUCGCUCGAGGAAGAGCAUUUCCACAGGAAGCCAUGCUGAGCAGGAGCAGGUGGCCGUGACGGACAAGGCGGCUGACCUGAACAGGCCUGCGUCGGAGCGCUCGAUGACCUGCACCGCCCUGGAGCGCAGUGGCGUCAAGAAGGGCCGUCGUUCGAAGAAACUACGUUCGAUCUCUUCGGCCUCGCGAGAGACUGCGAAGCUGGAGGUGACUCAGCAGCCGUCAUCAACGUCUCUGGAAUCGGGGACUUUAUCCAGCACCCCAGUUCCACCGCAGCCGACCCUCACCAAACACCAGACGGAAGCGCACAAGAUGGCAACUAAGCCUACCGCGGCGACAGACGCAGCGCCGGUUCCGCCGCCUCAACCUGGUGCUGGCAUGGUCGCUGUAGAGGCCAAGGAGGAAGCGCAUGCCCAAGCAGCAGCGCCUGCCAACCCGAAUGAACCGGACGAUAUAGGUUUAUUUCAGCCGCUGCAUGAGGGUAACGGCCGUAAGGGGCCGCCGCUGCGCUUCCCUGCAGUUGGUGAUGAUUCGAAGAUGAGCCUCCGGGCAGACCACCGGUGCCCGCUGUUUGUCGCGGCAGUGUUGUCGGUGUUCGUCUUCAACGCCCUGGCUGUGCUGUGGCUGCUGAUGCGAACCUGGGAGGACGAAGAGAUGCACAUCGAAGUGCCCGGACUGGGAAUCUGCCGCGGGCUUCGGACCAGCGUCGAGAACCGGCCCGUCUACAUGUUCCGGGGCAUCCCGUUUGCCCGCAGCCCCGAAGGACCGCUGCGGUUUGCGGAUGCUUCCAAGGUUUCCGACGACAACUACGGGGAAAUAGACGCCAGGAUUCCGAAGCCCGGAUGCGCCCAGAAAGCGUACACCGCAAAAGGGCAGGUAAUCCGCUCCAACGAGCACACCAGCGAGGACUGCCUUCACCUCAACGUGUGGACGCCGUGUACGGAGCACAGUACGCCGGGCUGCCGGAAGACAGUACUGGUGUUCUUCCACGCGAUCGAAUUCCAGAACGGCGACAAUAACUACUACGACGGCCGCUGGCUCGCCGGACUUGGUGAUCUCGUCGUGGUGGCGCCCAACUUCCGGCUGGGUGCCUUCGGCUUCCUCAACAUCGAUUGCCUAGUGGGAGGCGACAUCCCAUGCACACCGAGUGACGUGGGCCUGGGAGACCAGCAUGUGGCCGUGCAAUGGGUGCUCGACCGCAUCGCCAGCUUUGGGGGCAACGCCAGCGACGUUGUCCUCAUGGGCAGCGGGUCCGGAGCGUGGUCUGUGGGCGCCCAUCUACUCCAGGGCGAGACGACUGGGCCGCGCUUCUGGAGCCACGAGCGCUUCGCCAAAGUGAUCCUCAUGAGCGAGUCGCCAUUUCGGAGGUACUUUGACGACAAGUCUCACGAGCUGCCGGCCCUGCUCAACUGCUCCCACGGCGGCGUGGUCGGGAAGACGCACUGCCUGAGGGUUAUCCCGUCGCGGGAGAUCGUUCGCGUCACCGGCGAAUUGGGGCACUACUUUGGACCAUCGGGCCGCGCCCACCCAACCGUCGAAGAUGCGUUAAGGGUCACCGGGCGGCGAUUCCUGUUGGGCACCGUCAGCAACGAAGGCACCCACCUUUUUGACUACCUCAAGCGGACUUCGCCGCCCGACGCAGGCAUGGACCUCGUUGUGCCUACAUUUCUAAACACCAUUUACCACAUCAGGAACGCCGGGGAAGUCGUUGAUACCUUUCGGAAGGCCACUACACCAAUCUAUAAGGCUACGGCGAGCGUCAACUCUUGGGCUUUGGAUCUGCUGGGCGACUUCCUCUACACGUGUCCGCUGUUGAAGUUCGGACACGAGCUCGCGGCCAGCCAGCGGAACCAGGUGUUCGGCUACGUGUUCGAUCACAAGGCCAGCUUCGCGCUUUUCAACGACACAACGGGGGCGGCGCGUUUCAUGGACCUGGACUUUGUGUUUGGCCGUCCUUUGGAAGGGUCACGGGCAGCCACUGCCCAAGAAAGGGACCUUAGUCGAAGAAUGAUCGACAUAUGGUCCACGUUUGCCAAGACGGGGAAUCUACCGUUCGUGCACGGACAGCCCUGGACAAGCUACAGGGACGACGGAAGAGACAUAGGAGUACGCAUCGGGCUCACGACACUGGAAGAAGUGAGAGACUACCGGAAGAAGACUUGCGCCAUCCUGCCAUCUUUAGCUGCAGAUCCCGCAGCGCUGAAAGGAGGCGCAGCUGUAGCACUACAACGAGAGAGCACAUCGAGGAAAGGCGGCGCUGUGACCGAUCCUGCAUACGUCAGGACUGAUAUUUCCAUCUCGACAUAGGUUUAGAGGCUGUUCACUUUUCUUUUUUUUUCUUAUUCAGGGACGCUUGUCCUGAAUUUAGUGCACUUAGAGUCCUUGGGCGUCCAACAAUAUACGUUGUCAUGGAGUU